UUGGAGAAGUGAGGCUGUAAUCAUUCGUUCAAAAAGUUUAAAGCUUAGAUUGUUGAUAUGUAAAUUUUCUAUAAAAGUUUGUGUUUUUUUAAUUAUGCUGUGAAAUGACAAAAAAAAUCAACUAAUUACAGCAUUGAAGGCAUAUCCGUUGUCGAGAAAACAAUGGCACAAUUACUCCGCGAAGUUAAGGUAGUGUUAGAUCGUGUAAAAAUCUACAGUUGCGACCAAUGUCCACUCGGAUUCCUCGACCAGACUGAUUGGUGUUUGCACCAAACAAAAUUCUCGCAUAUCAAAGAAAAAGAAGAAAACUUGUCUAACAAUAACAACAAGUACAUUAAAGUCCAUCAGUGUCCCGAUUGUAAUAAAAAAUUCGUUCAUGAGAGCACGUUGAAGGCGCACUCGUUCGUUCAUGAACCUAUCCCUUAUGUCUGUCACUGCGGCGUUGCAUACUACAAGAGUUGCGACCUGAAGGAUCACAAGAAACUCGUACAUUCCGACGAAAUGUCAAUUGAAAGUAUUGAAGAAGCCAUUGAACCUGUCAAAACGAAAACCUCCAAACCGAAAAUGAAAUCUGUGCAAAUCAAGAAAUUAAAAAAUAAAAAAAUUCGAGGAAGGAAUUCAAAGCCGGGUAGUCAAAAGAUAAAACAUAAUUUUGAUAAAAAACUAAACGACAAUCUAGUUUAUUCAUGUCCGAUUUGUAAUAAAACGUUUAAAAAUAAAGGGAAUGUUGUAAAACACAAAGUAACGCACUCCGAAGUGAAACCGUACGGGUGUGAACUGUGUGAUGCACGAUUCACGCAAAAAGGAUCCUUAAAUAUACAUAUGAAAAGGCACGCCGGUAUCAAAGAUGAGAAAUGUCAAUAUUGCGGCAAAGAAUUUCUUGGACGCCACGCGAGAAUCAAUCACGAAUAUACACACACGAAAGUCAAACCUUAUGAAUGUAAACAUUGCGGGAAGGCAUUCGCCGAUCGUUCGGCCACGAUACGCCACGAGCGGAUCCACACGCGCGAUAUGAAAUACAAAUGUGAAUAUUGCAGUAAGGGUUUCACGGACGCGAGCGGCGUCAUAAGACAUCGCCUUAUGCACAAAGGAAAGAAGGAUUUCGCCUGUCGAAUUUGUGAUAAAACAUUUUACACCACAACGGAUCUACGAAUCCAUCUUUUAUCGCAUACGGCAGUGAAAGAUUACCAGUGCGAUUAUUGCAAGAAUUAUUUCACGAAAAAAUGCAACCUCAUUAAUCACAUCAGAACAAUACAUUAUGGCCAAAAGUUGUAUCGAUGCACGGAAUGUUUUAAAAACUUUUCGGGAACCACCAACAUGAUUAAGCACAAAUGUCCGAAUUCGGUGAAUAAAAAUCUCAUAAAAUGCGAACUGUGCGGUCUGCGAACCAGAGACAUAAGUAAACACACAAAAAGCUUUCACACUAAAAACCACUUCUAUCUUUGUGAUAACUGUCCUAACCAAUAUACGUGGAAAUGGGACUUAAUACGCCACAUGCUUAAGCAACAUAUAAAGAUCAAAUGCAAAAAAUGCUUAAGCUAUUUCUCAAGCAAUUCCGAUCUGAAGAGACAUAAUCGUAUAGGAUGUUUCAAAUGCAAAAAAUGUGAUAAAAAUCUUGAAAGUGAGCAAACUUAUAAGUCUCAUAUAAAAAAACAUGCAAAAAAGGAGGAGUUUGCCAAAUACUCGUGCACUAAAUGUGAUUGUGCUUUUUCGCUACCCGCAUCGCUGACCAACCAUUACCGGCUAAAACAUCUCACCGACCCAGCUUAUUACGAAUGCGAUCAUUGCAAAAAAGUAUUUAAUACAAAAUUACUUUUAGUUUCGCACGUGAAGGACAGUCACAUGAACGCUUUGUACUGUGAUGUGUGUAAAAAGAAGUUUUAUUCGGAAACUGAAUUCAGGCAACACAAACGUAUAGUCUGUCAAUCUCCGGGGAAUUGGUUUUGCGAGAUUUGCGACAAAACGUUCUCCAGAAGGAAGGGCUUGUCGUCUCAUUUGUUGUUUCAUUCGUCAACAGCUUCAUACGAAUGCGACUAUUGCGGGAAGAAAUUUAAACUAAAAAAUCUUUUGGCGAUACACAUCAGAAGGAAACAUAUAAAGGAAACCAGAAAAGUACCUAAGAAACAACCUAAAAGUCUGGUUUUCAUUUUUUGAGUUUCAAUUAUUACAUACGCUCAGUCUAUUGCGAAGUAUCCAAAUCUUGACUGGUUUAGAUUAGCAGAAAAACACAAAAAUUUGUUAGUAAAAGCAGAGAAAAUGGGUCCUAACUUUGGAGGCGCUCUGGGCUCGUGGAGGGACCUACUUUGGUACCUGUUAUUUGUACCUCGUAAAUAGAGUUCCUUGUUACUCGCUAUCCGGAAGCGGGGACUUCACUCAUUGUACAUUUCCAGAAAUUGUUUGACUUGAGUCCGUAUAGCUUUGGAAUCAAAUCCAGGGUAGCCUGAGCACUUUGACCAAGAUUUAAGAAUGGUUCGCUCGCAGCGUGCCCUGAGUGGUUACCGUCCAAACAUCAGCAAUGCUCUUGCUUCUAUUAGCUGAGAUGUAAUCUUGUCUGUCGCUGAAGGAGAAAGAGAUGAACUAAAUGAAAGCUCCGUCCAAAUUAAGUCGCGCUUAAGAGGCUAUUUAAGACACGCCGGUGGGUAUUAAUAUGUAAGUUCAGAGGAUCGUCUCCCAAGCAUCCGAAACGGUAUUGAAGUACCAACAUUCAUGGAAAACUAGCAAUAGUAAUAAAUAGAUUGGGUCGGUGGUGCAGUACUUAGUGGCCCUGAUUGUUUGGUCGAGGGUCGUGGGUUCGACUCCCAUAUUGAGAAAACAUUUGUGUGAUGAACAGACGUGUUUGCUCUGUGUCUGGGUUUUUAAUAUCUAUAUAUUUAUAAAUUUAAUCGCACUUAAGUACAUUUAGUAGGCAGCGGCUUGGCUCUGCCCCUGGCAUUGCUGACGUCCAUUAGCGACGGUGCCCACUUACCAUCAGGUGGGCCGUAUGCUCGUCUGCCUACAAAGGCAAUAAAAAAAUUAACUAUCUCUGGUUCUCAUAAGAAUCCUACUUGGGGCCAGAUGAUCGUCAGUGCAUCUCUCCUCACGGUUAUUUAAUAAUUAGCUUUAGCAAAGAUUGAUACACAUACUUAUAUACGUCUAAAUAUAUAAAUAGAUAGAUAUUAACUAAUAUACCUUAUACACAGAUAUCUAACAGCAUCUAAGCUAAGAAGUGCUUGUUAGUUUUUUUUAGUCGAUUACAACAUUAUUCAAAUUCAAGGCAAGAUCAAUAUUUUGAAAUAAAUAAUUAAAACAUGUUCCCGUGCGAGAUUCCAUAACGUCCCUUAAUUUUUUUUUUAUUACUAUCACGAGACGUAGAGUUUGGAACCUAUUUCGUACAAAUAACACUCGCAUUGAUAUAAGCGUAUAGGCUGUGUGCUCUGUUCAUCGGUAGCCAAAAAAAAAAAACUGUAUUACCUACUUUUAUUUUUGUAAUGUUUUCAUUAAAAAGUUUGGUUUCCGAAGUUUAUGUGUAUAGAUUAAUUAUUAUUAAAUUUGUUAUCAAUUAUGGAUUCAUUAAAGUUUUAAUUAUUUUAUGAUUUUAUUAUAAUAAUAAUUACUUUUACGGUUCAACGUCGCGGUUAAUAAUUUUCUUUUCAUAUAUAAUUCCGACGUUUCAAAUACUUUACAGUUUCCUAGGUCACGGAUGACUCGAAUGUUAUUGACAUGUCAAUAUUGUGAUAACUAGUCUAGCAUUUUAAAUUGAAAGCGAAAUCCAACCGUGAAAUUAAUUUUAACUAUGUUUAAGAUUUACGAAAACCGAAGAAAAUAGUAUAUUUUAUGAUUAAUGAUUUAUCUUGUUGAUAUGUGUAAGAAUU